AAUAGCUUCCAUACGAGGCAAGGACCCACAUCCCGAAGCACCCCACUUCAGCUGAUUUGCCAGCCUUAUCCGUUAACUCAAGGCAGCGGUUUCGGGUGGCGGGGUUAAUAACUUGAGAGGAGAGUGGGCUGCUUGCUUCUGCGACAACGUCCACUUGCAGAUACGCGCUGGAGAAACCCGUUCUCUGGCGUGACCUCCCUUCGUUAGAAAACCCAGUAACUGAAUGCAGCACCGCAUAACACCCGCGGCCAUGCCGGGGCUCACAAUCGCCACCGACGUCCAACCGCCCACCACAGGGAACCGUCGCACAUCAGUCUCGUCAGGGAGGGAAUCGCCGUCGCGUCCCGAAAUCAGCCCCAUCACGCCGACCCUUGAGUCGGCACAGUUUCCCGCGCAGCCCGCCUCUACGGCAACAGCAACAGCAACAGCAACAACAGCAGCAGUAAACAACACAAUGCCAGACUUUGCCCGCGACCGGCCAAUUUUGACCCACACAAGCCAAACAGACCAGGUCGGCAUCGAUCCUCCGCCGGCGCAGCCCAUCGACUUCGAUUCGAACCCGGACGUGCUAGCGCUGAAGAGCGCCAUAUCAAUCCUACAACUCCAGCGCGCGCGCGCGACGGCCGACAUCCGGUCCCUGAGCAAGGCCAGGGAUGCGGCGCUCGCCGACCCCCAGGCCUUCGCCGCCGAUCUGGCGGCGGGGCGUGUGCAGGUCGAAGGGGACCCUUUGUUCUCGGGAACACGGGCGAGCGGGCCGGCCGAGGAAGACUCGGACGACGACUCCGAGUCCGACGCGGACGAGGGCGAGCAACAGGACGGGAGCGCCAGGCAGGAAGCGACGCCGGAAUCCGAAUCCAAGCCCGAUGGCAGCACACCCCCGGCGGACGGCGCCGCGGCACCCACCAGAGGUAACCAACCCAAAGGCAAGCGAAAACCGAGCGCGGCAGCAGCAGACCCGGACGCCGCCAAACCACAGCCGUGGCAGCGACUCCCCCGGCCGCAGAACGUCGUCCGCUGCCCGCCCAUCAACUGGGAAAAGUACGGCGUAGUGGGCGAGUCCCUCGACAAGCUCCAUGCCGAGCAAGUCGUUGCCCCGACGCCCGGAUCGCCCAUGGUCCUGGGUCCAGGGGGAACCUACGAGUUCAAAGCCGGCGGGUCCGCCGCGGAUCAGAGUCGGGGUGCCACCACGGCCGGCGAGCAACCGCGGCGUUUGGUCGGGGUAGCGGCUCCGUAUAACCCCUUGAGGGAUAAGCUGGAGAAAAGGGGAAAGGUGGGAAGCGCUGAGAGCCGCCCUCACCCCCCCUCCCCCGACCCAACCUUCAACAAGCAAGAUCUUCAUGAGAGUGUAUGAUGAGUAUGAACGAUCAGCAUGGGUUUGUAGCAUGGCGUUUUGGGAUAUCGGAUUGUUAUCGCUUGAGUCUGGGCGUGCAGUCAGGGAAAGAUCCAGAAUUAUGGUAAAUCCUAUCUAAUCCCUCUUCAGGUCAUGGCGCAUGGCGCAUGGGAACGGCCGCAUGGUGGUAUUGGGUAUUCUGUAGGCAGACAUAGAGUGCUCAGCGCGUAUCGCGCGCCAAAUCCGGAUUCACAAACAUGGAUAUCUACUCAUUGCGUCUUCGCUGAAAUGAAGCUAGAAGCCUCAUGUGCUAUUCUUCUGCAGAGAGACCAGAUCGUCGAUUAUCAUCACACCCUGUAAAACAAAACCGGACCGCCUACUCAUAACUCCAUCAAGACUGACCCUGCCUCGCCUCCCAAUCCCGUGUCCGAACGCCAAACGGCUUGGUUUGGGGUUCUUUAGACCCAACCAGCUAAUGCCAUGUAUCGAUAAGUCGAGAGAAGAAAUGCAGACACGCGAAUGGAUAUAGUGCUCCUUCAGAAGUCCCUACCUGAGAUU